AUGGCGCUCGUAAAAAAAACUAAAGGCCGCCAAAAGAUCGAUCUCGUCAAAAUACAAGAUGAACAAAGUCUGCAGGUAACGUUUUCAAAGCGUCGUGCUGGCCUUUUCAAAAAGGCUUGUGAACUUUGUACCCUGACUGGCUCGCAGGUUGGCUUAGUGGUUUUUUCCCCUGGAGAGAAAGCUUACACAUUUGGCAGCCCUAGCAUAGAUUUUGUCAUAGAAAUGUUUGAAUCCAAGAGUCCUAAACCAGUCGAUACUUCAACCCUACUUUUGGAGGCUCAUCACAAGCUUGGUGUCCGACAUCUAAAUAACGAACUCACCAUUCUUGAAAAUGAGCUGGAGGCUAAGAAGAAAAUAGGGGAAAACCUUGACCAACUUAGGAAAGUUGGCCAAAUUUGUCAUUGGUGGGAAGCUCCCAUCAAUGACCUUAACUUGGAGCAACUUGAGAACUUGCAUGCUGCCUUGGUUGAGCUCCAAAAGUCCGUUAAAAGUGAACUGAAAAAACCAAUGUAUGAGAAUGCAAACCAAAAUCCAAACCUCAAAGGCAUAAAUCCUUAUGGAAUAGGCCUGUUAGGCAUUGAUGCCAAGGAAAAUGUGCAUGGUGUUUUGGAUCUUCUUCAGUCUAAACCCCCUAGAACGAUGACAUUUCCCCCAAUUGUUGCUACCUCAAAGCCAAAUACUGGCAUUUCUAUCCGUGAUUGGCCUGUAGCUUCCACAGCAGAGAAUCGCCCUACUACUUCGCCUACUUUUAAUCCAAAUGCAUCAGAAUUUGGUGGUUCAAUUGUGACUCCUCACCCUUCUCAGGGAUUUAAGAAUAGCUAUGGUGGUUUCCCAAUGUUCAAAAUCUAG